AUGCCUCCUCAGGUAGACACACACACACAGGAGUACUGUGGCUGUCUGAAUGGGGGCUGGUGUCAGGAGGGGGGCGUGUGUGACUGUGCACAGUUCCAGGCCCUCGGAGACCGCUGCCAGAUCAUUCCUAACCAGGGCCAGGACAGAGAUGGGAUAUGCAGGUCUUGGGGUCAGUACCACUAUGAGACGUUCGAUGGCAGCUACUUCUACUACCCUGGAACCUGCUCCUACAUACUGGCCCAGGACUGCCGCUCAGCCACACCACAGUACACAGUGUGGGUCCAUAACAGCCGUGUGUGUGAGGGCAGUGUGUACUCCUGUCCCAGGGCUCUCAGUCUCUUCUUCACCAACGAGGAGGAGAUCCACAUCUCUGGAUACCAAGUCCACCAGGGGGGUCGCAGGCUGAUCCUACCCCAGACAAUAGGAGGUGUGUUUAUAGAGCGUCUGGCUGACUACCUGCUGGUGAAGAGCGUGUUUGGCUUCUCUCUGGCGUGGGACGGGGGGAGCGGAGUAUAUCUGAAGAUGUCUGAACAGCACCAUGGCACCCCCUGUGGCCUUUGUGGGAACUACAACAACCUGCCCAACGAUGACCUCACCACAGCCCGCGGUGUGCAGACAGAGGAGCCAGCAGUGUUUGCUAACAGCUGGUCAGUCGAUCUGCCCCAUGAAAGAGGCUGCCCUCUAGUGGACAUAGACUUCACUGGACCCUGCCACUCUGAGUCUGACAUGGACGAUGCCAUAGAGAAGUGCAGUGCUCUCCUGUUCUUCCCCUUCCUGUCCUGUCAUGAGAACAUCGACCCAAACCCCUACGUGGCCAGCUGUGUCUCCGACCUCUGUGUGUCAGAUGAGGAGGAGACGUUUUGCCGUGCGCUGGUGGAGUACACACGAGCCUGCAGCCAUGUAGGAUACCCUGUACGAGAGUGGAGAGACAGCUUCCCUUCCUGCAAUGAUGGCUGUGAGGAGAGUUUUGUCCAUAGAGACUGUAUCAGCUGCUGCCCUCCAACCUGUACCUUUGAUAAGGAGUGUCUAGGAACUAACCUGCACUGUCUGGAUGGAUGCUACUGCCCUGAUGGGUUGAUUCUGCAGAAUGGGACGUGUAUCGCUGUGUCUCAGUGUCCUUGUGUCUACCACGGCACCUCAUACACACAGGGACACACUCUGGAGCAGGGCUGCAGUGUCUGUGUGUGUAUGGGGGGAGUGUGGAACUGCACGGACAACAACUCGGAGUGUUCAGUAGUAGGUGACGUGUUUGUGACAUCGUUCGAUGGGAGGAUGUUCCUGCAGCCAGGGAGCGUGUCAGUACGUUUUGGCCAAGAGCCGCAGCGGCAGCAGAUAUCACUGUUACACUGCAGUAUACCACCUGCCACAAAGGCCCAGCAGCAGGUGUGUAUCCAGUCAGUGACGGUGGUUCUGGAUGAAGAUGUUAAUCACCAGCUUAUUGUACGUAGAACACCUUAUUGUACGUCUGACUUAAUGUGUGUGUAUAUGUGUGUAGAUGUAGUUGAGGUACGGAGGUUAACGUCAGUGUUCGUCCAGCUGAGGACGUUGCUUGGACUGCGUCUGCAAUAUGACGGGCGUGGUGGACGUGUCUAUCUACAGCUGGACAGCCAAUGGCGCAGCAACACCCUGGGCCUUUGUGGAACCUUCAACGGAAACCUGCGGGAUGACUUCCUGUCUCCAGCAGGGAUGAUAGAGGGGACCCCCCAGCUCCAUGCUAACUCCUGGAGAGUCUCAUCUGCUUGCUCCGCCCCCGUCAACCAGCCCAUCAUUGACCCCUGUGAGAUAAAUCAGCACAACGUGUUCUAUGCCUCUCUGUGUGAGGUGUUGUUGGGCAGUGUGUUCUCUCCAUGCCAUGGUUACGUCAGUUCCAGUGUGUACCAGCAGCAGUGUCGCUACCAGGCCUGUCGCUGUGGUAACGCCUGUCUGUGUACGGCCCUGGCCCACUAUGCCUAUCUCUGCUCCAAACACAAUGUUACUGUCAACUACAGGGCCCACGUCUCAGAGUGUGGGAUGGUGUGUUUGGGUGGUAUGCUGUACCAGUCCUGUGUGUCAUCCUGCGGCGGAUCAUGCCGCUCCCUCUCCAGUGGAGAGACCUGUAACCAUGACGACUGUGCUGAGGGGUGUGGCUGCUCUGAGGGCAGUUACUACGACGAUGUACGACAACGCUGCGUUCAGCCGUCGCAGUGUCAUUGUUACUCUAUUGGAGGGGUGUCCCAGCCAGGGGAGGUGUCCUUCAGCGCCACAGGUCCUUGCCUCUGCAGGAAUGGAAGGAUGGAGUGUGUACCAGAAGAAAGAGAGCCGGAGCGAGGCCAGUGUCCAGAGGGAAAGGUGUUCCACAGCUGCUCUGAGCCCCAGAGGUUACACGGGUUCCAGGGGUCGCCGGCCUGGCGAGGAGGUGUGGCCUGCGAGCUCACCUGUCGGAACCUGAUGUUGAAUCUGACCUGUCCUCCCACCACACCCUGCAUACCUGGCUGUGUCUGCCCACAAGGGCUGGUGCUGCACCGUGGGGAAUGUUACUACCCAGAGAACUGUCCCUGUGCCUGGCUGGGCCUGGAGUAUCUGCCAGGAGAGACUGUCGACACCCCCUGUUACAGAUGUGUGUGUCACCGGGGAUAUUUUAACUGUAGUCACAGUCCGUGUCCGGCUGUGUGUACGGUCUACAGUGACAGACACUACCACACCUUCGACGGCCUGGAGUACGACUACCACUCAGAAUGUCAGGUCUACCUACUCAAGAGUAUAGAUGGUGAGGUGUCCAUCGUGGCCCAGAAUAAGGAUUGUUAUCAGAGUGGGAUCAUCUGUAUGAAGAUGCUGGUCAUCCAUGUUGGAUUCACCAAGAUCUACUUCAACGACAACUCAGGCCAGCCUAGUCCAUCCAGUGUGGUAGGUAAGGGGUCCGAAUUUGAGCUGUGGUCAGCAGGCUACUACACAGCAAUCCACUUUCCCUACCAGGACCUAACCAUUCUCUGGGACCGCAAGACGACCGUACACAUCAGAGUUGGACCACAUUGGAAGGGUCUCCUGAGUGGUCUGUGUGGGAACUUUGACAGUGUGACAGUGAAUGACAUGACCACAUCCAGCCACAUGGAGGUCAGCAAUGCUCAGGGCUUCGGAGACAGCUGGGCCCUGGGACAGUGUGAGAGUGACUAUGUGGUGAAGAGAGCGUGUGAAGGAGACCUGGGUAGACAGCCGUACGCCAAGAGAGAGUGUGCUCUACUCUACAGUGAUGUCUUUACUCCCUGUCACAAUGUGGUGGAUGUCUCAUGGUUCUAUAUGAACUGCUUGACAGACACUUGUAACUGUAAUCGGGGCGGAGACUGUGAGUGUCUGUGUACGUCCAUCGCUGCCUAUGCACACACCUGCUGUCAACACGGUGUUACUGUGGUAUGGAGAAACCCCUCUGUCUGUCCCUAUGACUGUGAAUACUACAACCAAGAGUUAGGUGAAGGUCCAUUCUCAGUGGCCAGUGCUGUGUUUAAUGCUACAGUCUUCGGUGUGAACAGAACCAGUGGGUCAGUCUUUCCUCUAGUUAGGGAGUUCGUAGGUGGGCUGCCUCCCCCUGGACUACUCUUUAACUUCAUGAUCACAGCAGGACUACAGAAGGACCGCACAUCACGUCUCCCAGUGAUCUCUCUGGAGUCAGCGGAGCGUCCUAACUACUUCCUGGUUGUUUCGGACCGCGCUGGGCUGCGGUUGGAGCAGUGGACAAGAGGGGAGAAGUUUGGCCGCAGGGCUUCCUUCCUACAGCACCAGGGGCUGUUCCUGCCUGGCCACACCUCCUUAGAGCUGAUUGGUCAGCCGGGAGUGUUCCUGACUCUGACACGCACGUCUGCACGUGCUCAGAGAUACGACAACUCAGACAACUUCAAGACCAGCAGCUCCUUUACGCUGGAGGAGAGCAGUUUUGUGAUCCCGUUCCGUAUGAUGUGUGAGUGGCGCUACCAUGCAUGUGCCAGUCCUUGUGUUCGUACAUGCAGCGACCUCGCCGCAACACGCUGCCACUUCCUGCCCCCGGUGGAGGGCUGUUUCCCUCGCUGCCCCAAAAACAUGGUUCUUGAUGAGGUCACCAGGAGAUGUGUUUACACAGAGGACUGUGUGUCCCUUCCUCCCACUCCUACACCCUAUGCCUUCGUAAACCAAACCAGCACCACCCCAACUACUACCACAACAGCCCCCACUACUACCACUACAGCCCCCACUACUACCACUACAGCUACUACUACUAUCACUACAACUACUACUACUACUACUGUUAGGCCUACUAGUACUGCUACUACUACAUCUAGAACCACUACUAGGACCACUACUACUAGUAGCAGAACUACAACCAGUGCUGCCUCUACAACUGUUACUGCCACUAGAGCCCCCACUACUCCCAGUACAGCCCCAUUGACUGAGCGUUUCACCCACACACUCACCCCUGCUCGCUCCCCCUCUCCUCCUCUCCCUUCCCUGCCCUCACCCUCCACCCCCACUGUGACCGAGCACACCACUUCACCUUCACCUAGUAGCACCACUGGGGUCACGACCCUGACCCCUUCAGAGGUCACUACAGUAGCCUCCCCUACUCCCCCCAGCCUGGCAGUGACCGACUCCACCCCUUCUGCUACCCCUCCCCAGCCUUCCACCCAGUCUUCUAUCUCUCCCCCAGCCACUACCUCCUUCCUCACCUCCUCUCCCCCUCCUCCUCUCUCCCCCUCCACCCACACCCACACCCCAACCACCACACAAACACAUCAUCCUGUUCCUACGCCCACAGAGACCAUCUCUGUAUUUCCAGUUGUAUAUGACACCUCCUCUGUUACCAUGUCGACAUCACCCCCAGAGACGACGGAGUUCAUAACCACGGAAACAUCCACCAGCACAGACUUCUCUCCUACACCUGAGGCAGUCAGCAUGCCAACAGUGCUGCCCCCCUUCCUCCUGCCCACCGCCCCAUGCACACCCCCGUACUCCUACCGUGUAGAUGAGUGUACAGAGCUGAUCUGUUUUAACGGGGAGCUGCUCCUCCAUAACUCCUCCCUCCACUGUCGGUACAACACCACUCCUCCUCGCUGCUCUCUGCUGGGCAUGGCUGUCCUCACCAACACCGACCCCUGCUGCCCACUCUGGCAGUGCCCCUGUCGCUGCUCGGUGAUGUCAGACCUGCGCGUGAUAACGUUUGACGGUAACAACGUGGCGCUGUAUGAUAAUGGCUCCUACAUCCUGGUCUACCUGCCCAGAGAGAACAUCAUAGGAACAGUGGAUAAAUGCCCUACCAGCCAGAGCGUCAACUCCAUCAGACGACCGAGCCCUAGUGGUGGGACGUCAGGUUUGUGUUUUAAGAAGUUGAACAUCACCACUCCGUCCUACAGGAUUAUCAUCAACCGCCUAGACCGCAAGGUGUCAGUGAACCACAUCAAGGCGCGGCUGCCUUUCUCCCGCCAGGCUCUGUCAGUAGAGGACACAGGCAGUAUGUACCUGAUCACCACUCCUGAAGGAGUCAACAUACAGUGGUACCACAGCACUGGCAUCAUGGUGCUGCAAUACACCGCCCCCUCCAACACAUCUGCUCCUACUAGAGGCCUCUGUGGGUGUUGUGACGGGAACCCGGCGGAUGACCUGAAGCUGCCUAACGGUACGGUGGUGAGGGAGGUGGCAGACCUGGGUCUGUUCCUGCAGGCCUGGAGGGUCCACACCUCAGAGGACACGGAACACACACGACGCAUCGGAGACAACUGUACCACUGGAGACUGCUCUACCUGUCUCUCCAUGCUCAGACAGAGACCCUUCACUCCCUGCCACAGCAAGGUGUCUCCAGAACAGUUCUGUGAUGUGAUGUGGGCAGGCGACCUCCACUAUAAGGCCCACCAGUGUGACUUCCUGGCAGCCUACGUAGCUGUCUGCUACACUUACCAAGUCUGCAUCAACUGGAGACAACACAACUUCUGCCCAUUGAGGUGUCCCCCAGGUAGGGAGUACCAGGCGUGUGUGUCGACCUGUACCACCCGGACCUGUCAGAACAGAGAGUUCUAUGAGGAGACCACCUGCUCCCACAUCCGAGAGGAGUGUGUGUGUCGCUCUGGAACCAUCCUGCACCGAGCAGACUCCUCUUACUGCGUCACAGAGGAGCAGUGUGGUGAGUAUGUCAGCUCUGUGUCAGCUCUAUGUCAGUUACAUGUCAGCUCUAGUAUGUCAAUGCUUGUACUGUUAACGUGUGUGUCUGUGUCUAUGUGUGUAGUGUGUACUGAUAACGAGGGGUCUCCGCGGGCCCCUGGGGAGGUGUGGAACGGGUCAUUGCGUAGCUGCUGUCUGUUCCGAUGCCUGGAGAACGGUUCUGUGGUAGCAGUAGAACCUGACUGUAGCAUUAGUCCCACUCUGCUGUGUGAGAGGGAGGGAGAGUACGUACUGGAUGUCCUGGAGGAGGGGGCUUGCUGCCCCAAGCAGAUUUGUGAAUGUAAUCUGACCAUCUGUGAGAGUGAGGCUCCGCCCUGUGAGAAUGGGAACCAGCUGGUGAUUGGUUACAGUGCCCUGUCCUGCUGCCCAGAGUACCGUUGUGAGUGCGACCCCCAUGCCUGUCCCCCCCUCACCGCCCCUGAUUGUAGAGAAGAUCAGUUCCUAGUGGAGGUUCGUGAGGACAACUCCUGCUGUUACACCUUCCUGUGUGUGUGUGAGUCGUGUAUCGAGCCCGUGCCGUCCUGUUCUUAUGGAGAGAUACUGGCUGUGGAUCUGAACACCACCCACAGCUGCUGCCCUCAAUACCACUGUGUGUGUGACGUGAACCUGUGUCCUGAGUCGACUCUGAGCUGUUCUCCUGGUCUGUCUCUGAUCCAAACAACCCUACCUGGACACUGCUGCCCCGACCGUCACUGUGAGUGCCAGUGUGAGGACAGCCCAGUCUGUCAGGUGGGGGAGGUACAGGUGGAGGUCGCAGACAGCAGAAGCACCUGUGGCUGCCCCCUCUACACCUGCAAGAAGGCGGAGGUGUGUGUGUUCCAGGGAGUCACGGUGCUGGGUCCGGGGCAGAGCCUGAUUCAGUACUAUGAAGGAGAGCUGUGUUACACCGUACACUGUCUGACACAUCGUGAUACACACACUGGAUACUACGCCAUGGACGUGUCCGCUGUCAACUGCUCUCAGAAGUGUGGCCAGCACCAGCUGUACGUAGCAUCAUCAGAUCCUCAGGUGUGCUGUGGCUCCUGUAAGAAUGUCUCCUGUUCUUUCAACAAUGACAACGGAACCACUGAGCUCUUCACUGCAGGGAGCUCCUGGGUGGAUAACUGUACGCGGUAUGAUUGUGUGGAGACGACAGUGGGAACUGUGAUGCUGGCCUCAGGGGUGGUCUGCCCCCCCUUCAACGACACAGAGUGCACUCAGAAUGGGGGCGUGGUCCAGAGCUAUGUGGACGGCUGCUGCAGGACGUGUAAGGAGGACGGCAAGACGUGUAAGCGUGUGGCAAUCCGAACCACCAUCAGAAAAGACGACUGCAGGAGCAACGCACCGGUGACAGUGUUUUCAUGUGAUGGGAAGUGUCCGUCUGCCACCAUCUUUAACUUCAACAUCAACAGCCACGCCCGCUUCUGUAAGUGCUGCAGGGAGAGUGGACUACAAACCCGCUCCGUCACCCUGUACUGCUCACACAACGCUACCCUGGUGGACUACAGCUUCCAGGAGCCUGUCGACUGCUCCUGCCAAUGGAACUAAAGAGAGAGCGAAGCUAGUCAGUGUGAGCUCCAGUAUGGCGUUCAAUAGGAGGGAUGGAAGAUGGAACAGAGGUUAGAGGUCAGAGGUCAGAGUAGACAGGUCAAGCGUCCAGGUAGGCGAGUUCUUUAGUCUUCCUUCAGUGUGUUGUGGAGGGCUGUAUGCUGACCUGUUAUAGUGACCCUGUCGUUACAGAUAUGUAGUGGUCAGAUGUGCAGGGCUAUAACCUGUUCCUGCUGUACUAUGAUAACACUAGUCCUAUCUGUACUGCUGUAGCCUGCUCCUCCUUGUGUGUAACACUAGCUAGUCCUCUCGGACUUUAUCAUGUUUAGAUCAGUUGGUCUGAGCUGACAAGACCGCUGCUGCUUUAGUAUGGAUCUAGUGCUCUCUUGAUGACUGACAUGUUUUAUAUGCCAAUCAAAUUUCUCUUACAAAAUAGUAAUUUUUUUUACAAGUGUAAAGCUUUUAUCCAAAAAUAUUUGUAUUUAACUCAAUCAAUUAUUUAGUAAGGUGAUAAUCCACCUGAGCAUCUGAUGGUAGAUGAUCUGUAUUUCAACAGAACGCUGUAUUUGUUGUGUUGUUUAAUGUGAAGCAUUGUGCCAGUAAUCAGUAUGUGCUGAUGCCAUCAGAUAGACUAGAGUCUCUAGUCAUACAGAACCUCUCAGAAUAAAACAUUUAACAAUGA